CUUUUUGUGCCCAUGGUCUACUAAAGGAGAAUGUCAGCACGGUGGAAAUGAAUGUGGAGUCUUCGCCAAGGCAGUGCAUUGUAGAAGAAAACAUGCCUUGCGAAGGAGUCAUAGCGCGUGUGAGCCAGACGACAUGCUUCCUCAUGCCAGCUGGGCCUGAAACCUGAAACGCGUGAAGAAGUGAAACCAAACUUACUGCUUUCAUAUCCGUUUUUAUUUGGACUUCUUCAGGAGACUUUUGUUUGCGUCGUAGAAGAAACACGACUCUGGUCCUCCGAGUGAUUAGACCGAAAAUCAUGAGCUCUGCAGAUGGGGGAAACCUGGUGCUGCUCCUCUGCUACUUCCUGAUAUCCGGCCAUGGUCAGGCCUUCGAGAAUAAGACCUCCUGCUACAUCCGUGGCACCGAGGCCGACUGCAGCCGCCUCAGCCUCACCGCCAUCCCCCCAAACCUCCCGGGGAACAUCACCAGUUUAGACAUGUCCCACAACAGACUGGGUCAGAUCCGGUCCUUGUCUCUGGCGCCCUACGCCGGCCUCCUCCAUCUGGAUCUGAGCUACAACAGCCUCAGCGGGCUGGACGGCGGGCUGUGUCGGACUCUGCCUCUGCUGCAGACCCUCUACGUGGACCACAACCAAGUGCACGUUGUUCAGGAAGAGGAUCUGAGCGCCUGCAGCAAUCUGACCAGGUUUCACUUGUCAGGCAACAGACUGAAACUAAAAGGGGAAGCCUUCUCUGGACUACAGAGUCUGAAGGUCCUUGACGUCUCAAAGAACAACCUAAACUCGGCUCGGCUCGGCUCCAAGACUCAGAUGCCCAACCUGGAGGAGCUCAGUCUGGGAUUCAACUCGUUCACUACUUUGGCCAAGAAUGACUUUGCCCUCUUCAGCCAUUCCAAGUCUUUGCACCUCCUCAACUUGGUCUCCACCACCAUUAAGACAGUGGAACCUGGUUCUUUCAAGCCUCUGUCACAGCUGCAAACCUUAAUCAUAGACGGCAGCAACAUGGGCACGACUGUCAUUUCCAAACUGUGCUUGGAGUUGUCCCAGGUCUCCAUCAAGGCUUUGUCCUUGCAGAAGAUGAAACUGGUCACUCUCAACAACGCAACAUUCAAAGGCUUGCAGCAAACAAAUCUAACCUUUCUGGAUCUUUCCGGCAACGGGAUGGGUAAGAUUGAAGACAGCUCGUUUCAGUGGACGGGCAAACUGGAAACUCUGAUCCUGUCGGACAACAACCUCAAGCAUUUGACCAAGUCAACAUUUCGGGGACUUAAAAUCUUGAAAAAACUAGUCUUGAUGAAAGCUCUGGUAAAAGGUCACACCUCGGCAACGCCCAUCAUCGACGACUUCUCCUUCCAGCCACUCAGCACUCUGGAGAGUUUGUGUUUACAGCGGACUUCCGUACGGGAAAUCACUCAGAACACUUUCACGGGCUUGACAAGUCUGAAAGAGCUCGAUAUGAGCUGGAGCAGUUAUGUGUCACUGAAAACCAUCAGCAACAAAACACUUGCCUCACUUAGUGGGUCUCCUCUCUUGAAGCUCAACUUGACAGCAGUGGCUAUCGUCCAGAUUCAAUAUGGAGCCUUUUCCCAUUUGAAGAACCUCACAAGUCUUGCUCUGGAUUUUAAUUUCAUCAAGCAAACUUUGACUGGCAAGGAAUUUGAAGGUCUGGAUCGACUCAGGGAGCUAACCAUGUCCUUUAACCACCAGACGAUCAACCUCAAUUCCAAGUCGUUUGUUAAUGUCCCAGGUCUUGAAGUCCUGACGCUAGGAAAAAGCCUUGUGGUCACAGCUCUUAACCUGGAUCCCUCCCCAUUCAAACCCCUGUCUGAGCUCACCUACCUGGACCUGAGCAACAACAACAUCGCCAACCUCCGAGCCAAUCUGUUGGAGGGACUCGUGAACCUAAAAGUUCUUAAUUUGGAACACAACAACUUGGCCCGAUUGUGGAAAGACACAAACCUUGGCGGGCCUGUACUUUAUUUAAAAGGCUUAGAGAACUUGGUAAGCCUUUGGAUGAAUAGUAACGGUCUUGACGAGAUCCCAACAGACGCACUGAGCGGCCUCAAUAACCUCCAGGAACUGAGACUCAGCAACAAUCUGCUCAACAACCCAAAAUAUUCGGUAUUUGACAACCUGAACUCCCUAAAGGUUUUACACCUCCAGAGGAACUUGAUCACAGCUGUAAGACCCGAAGUGUUCCGAACACCCCUGAGCAAUCUCAGCGUGCUCAUCAUGGACAGAAACCCCUUUGAUUGCACCUGCGAGAGCAUCCUGUGGUUUGUGACAUGGUUGAACAACACAAAUACGACCAGAGUGCCAGGUCUCAGGGAUCGGUAUUUGUGCAACACACCCCUGGUUUACUUUAACCACUCAGUCAUGGAAUUCAACACCCUCUUUUGCAGGGAUAUGACACCUUUCCAGGCACUUUACAUACUAAGCAGCACCCUCGUCCUCGUGCUGACUGUAACCGCCCUGCUGGUGCACUUCCACGGCUGGAGGGUUCAAUUUUACUGGAACAUUUUGAUAAACCGGACACUGGGAUUUAGUGACGCCAAAGUGGAAGAGGGCCGACAAUUUGAAUACGACGCCUACGUCAUCCACGCUGAGGAGGACAGUACCUGGGUGGACAGAGCCGUGAUGCCUUUGGAAAAUGACGGAUGCAGAUUUUACCUGGAGGAUCGGGAUUCAAUGCCAGGCACGUCGCAGCUGGAGUCCAUCGUGGAAAAUAUGAGAAACUCACGGAAAAUACUGUUUGUGGUGACGGAGAGUCUUCUCAGAGACCCGUGGUGCAGCCGCUUUAAGGCCCACCACGCUUUGCAUCAGGUCAUCGAAGCCAGCAGAGACUCUGUGAUCCUGGUCCUCCUGCAGAACGUGCACGACUACAAGUUGUCCCAGUCGCUCUUCCUCCGUAGAGGAAUGUUGCGUCCACGCUGCAUACUCCAUUGGCCCGUCCAAAGGGAGCGAGUUCCGGCCUUUCGCCAGAAGCUGCUGAUUGCCCUCGGUUUAACCAAUCAAUUUCGCAGCUGACCUUUCGGAGCGAUAGUUGAACUUGUAAGGAAUUCCAAACAAAUGAUCUCAUUUGCAAAUUUUCUCACCUACAAAAAAAACUACAUUCUGAUAAACAAAUAAACACGGUAGAGAUCGGAUUGUCAAGUAAGGUCUUUAGCGCUGCGACAAGACAUUAAACUUGACUAAAUAGAGGAAGUGAAAGUGGUAACAAAGUGUUUGUAUGUCAACCUGCGGAAAGAGCAUUCAUGACCUUUACCAGCAGACCGCCACAAUUCCAGGGCAAGGAGACACGUCCAAUUUCUGGUGAGUUCCACCAGUACCUACGGUGUGUCCUCCAUGUAGAAAUAUCCUCCAAACACUUUUAGUAAAAGAUUCUUGUGUGCGUACAAAUAGUUUUUAAAAGAAAGAUGUGGAAGUUUUAUACAUGUAACACAGUGGCAGAGCUAUAGGGGGACUGGGAGGGCGGUUUCAUUAUCACAUUUCUGAGUCUUAAUUACAAGUAUGACAGUAAGUUGCAAUUGCAGUUGCAAGUGCAAGACGUUAGAUGGCAGUAGUGUGUAGUUUAUGGUGUGUUGUCUAGUCAGUUCAGUCUGUGCUGAAUCUAGUCUUUUGUUGCGCCCUAAAAGUUUUAAUACCUUAAGUAUUGUACUUAUCUAGGGCUGCCAGCUGUGUGGGCGGUCUAAAGGGACCGGCUUCCAUCUGAGUGGAGGUAUUCCGCCAAGCACAAGUGUUUGACUUGCCUCCAUCUAUUAGCAUUACAUUAUUUCUGGACACUGAAAAGUGCAAGGGGAAAAAACAGCUUUUUGGAAAAAGUGCAGAGUGAAUGUCCCCUCUGCCCCCUCCCCAAUACUCCAUACUCCCAGGAAACAAAUAUUGAGUAUUGUAUUGGAUCUUAAACUGUAAAAGGCUUUUUUGUAGUUCUCCAAAGAACAUUUUUAAUGUUUUUGUAAUGCAUAAUUUGUAAUAAAACUGACAAGGUGCA